GUAUUGGAGGAGUGGCAUCGACAGAUUCACUUUCUUGUUGAAAUCGCUCACGCUUCAAACCCUAAUUUGGUGACGGAUUCAGGGUGCAACCUCUCUCUAAGAUCGUCAAGUUUAGCAAUCAAAAUGUCAGACAACAUACCUUUUGCACUCCAAGAAGAAAUUAUGAAAAGGCUUCCAACCAAAUCACUGCUGCGGUUCAGAACCGUUUCAAAAGCAUGGAAGUCUUUGAUCGAUAGUUCUCGGUUUGUUGUAGAUUACAGCGUCAACCACACUCAUCAGCACCAUCUGUUAGUAAGGUACAGUCCACCAAUAGGUCUUGGACAAAAGUACGUUUCAAUUGUAGAUGAUGAAAUUUUCCCCGAACACAAGUGUUCCCUGCCUGAUCCCGCAUCUGAAGGUGUUGGACUUACGAUAGUAGGUAGCUGUCAAGGCUUAUUCUGCAUAUACACUUUUUCUUCAGGUGAGUAUGGGAGAUCACUCAUCUACACGGCUUCUAUUUGGAAUCCUUCAAUUAGAAAAACGGUUGCUAUCGAUGUGUCUCAUGUGUCUCAUGUGUUAGAUCCAGACUCUGAUAUUGUUUUUGGUUUUGGGGUUUGUCCUCACACCGGUGAUCCUAAGCUUGUCAAGGUUAACUUUCGUAAAAGUAAGCGGAACUUAGACUCUAUAACUUUCACGCCUUGGCAAGUUGAGGUUUAUACAUUGAGUUCACAGGUGUGGAGAAGUAUACCUACUAUCAAUCAACCGCGUAACUCAGUUCAAUUGUUGUGGGAUCAGGUAGUUAUAGAUGGGCUUAUUUAUUGGCUUGCUAUUGAUGGUAGGACAACUGGAUUUCCGGGGUAUAAUAUGAUAGUUUCAUUUGACAUGACAAGUGAAAAGUUUAUGGAAGUAUCACUCCCUGCUACUUUAGCCCAUGCCCAUGACAGAAGAGUGGUUAUAUCUAAGCUAAAAGAGUCUCUCGUUGCGGUUGAACUGGUUAGGGAGGCUGAGAAACGAGUUUAUAGUGUAUGGAUGAUGGAGGAUGGUGUUCCAAACUCCUUUACGAAGCUAUUCACCAUAAACUUACCAGAUGUAUCAAUACAACGGGUACUUGGAAUUAGGAAGAAUGAUGAACCUAUAUUUGCAACGAGACCUGAUGACAAUGCACAUGAUGUCUUUAUUCAUGAACUCCACUCAGAACACAUCAGUUAUACUCGGAUUUCUGGCCAUGGAACUUUAUACUCUGCUGGUUCCUACAUGGAAACACUACUUUUGCUAGAUCACUGAGAUUGCAGGUUUUACACAAGAUUGUGAGGCAUGGAUCUUUGAACAACUGGCUUUUGCAGCAGGCAAGCUAGGAAUGGAGUUAAGUAUAGUUAUAGCACCUAUUGGGUAUGGUUAGUAAAAAGUUAAUAGCAUUACAUUUAGAUUGAUAUGUUAUCUUAUAUCUUGUUUAAAGUCCUAUUGUAUGGAUGUUAGCUUUCUUACAGUUUCAAGUGGAUUUUUUGUCGCAAUAUAUAGUAUGCUCUUAAUUUCACUAAUCA